CAUAAUAAAGGCAUAUCUGUGACUGUGAAGAGUCACUGUGAGCUACUUCUACUUCUAAAAUUCUACUAGAAUACUUCAAAAAUGUAGUAAUUUCUAAUCAACACCAAAAUAUAGAAGACAACACUCCUAAACCCUGAAAGCACGGCAGCACGAUUUUUUCUCUUUCCCUAGCUUUCUCAAACUUUCGGCUUGCUUGCUGUGGCCGUGUGGUACUCCAAAAGCUCUGCCAAAAAGCUUAACUUCCUCCCUUGAGUUCUUGGGUCCCCUCCAAAGAACCGUAUUUUAUCCAAGUGUUGCCUUGAGAGCAAGUUGAUCAAAUGGAAAAUAUUCAUCCCCGGAUUCCUCAAUUCAAGCUCUUGCUGUCUUUGUAAACCACAGAGCAGUGAUCUUUCAUUCCAGAUGGCAUAUAGAGGGCGUGGACAAGGAUGGGGUCGCGGAGGUUUUGGUUCCUAUGGACGUGGAAUCCCAAAGCCUUUUAUUCUUUUCCCAGCGAGUAAACCCAAGUUACCCUGAAGAUGUAGUGUUACCUGAUAUCAAUUAUGUCAAAGAGGAAACGGCCUUAGUCGUUGCAAACAAAAAACUGCAGAUUUAUUGGAAAUCAUCUCCUUAUUAUCUAAAGAAGCCAACAAAGAAAAGCGGAGAGAAUGAUAUCAAACUGUACUCAGAGCUUAAAAAGGAAUGUUUCCCUGCAGAGCUUAAAAAGGAAUGUUUCCCUGCAGAGCUAUUUGAAGGUAAGAAAAAGGUGGAUUCCAACGAAAGCAAAGGGUUUUCAUCUCAAAACUACGAUGCAGACCAAUUGAAGUUUGACGACUUUAUCUAUCGUGAACAGAAGUACGAGGAUCGAGAAAGUGAAGGUAGGAAUGAAAAGAAAAAAGAGAAUGAGAAUGAGAGUGACAAUGAAGAACAGGAGGAUGAGGAGGAAAGUAGCGAAGAGAGUGAGUGUGACCAUGAUAAGGUUGAAAAUCCUGACGACAAUGACAAUGAUUAUAAUCAGCAAGAAGAUGAUAAUCCUGAUGAUGACAAUACCUAUGAUGAUUGAUGUUGCUGUGGUUGCAUCAAAAUCCAGUCAUUGGCAAAGUUGGAAUUACAAGUUUUGGCAAUUCAAACUUAUUAGGGAGUUCUGUCGCGGGAAAUUCAGAUUUUGGCAGAGUUGGAAUCUCGAGCUUAGGUACCUCUGUCUUAUCGGUGGUCCUGGUAACUGAUUGUUGGUGAUUCACAUGGUGAAAAUCAAUUGUUACUGUGCCUAAUAAUAAAAACUUGUAAUUAUAUUGGUAGUUGCCAGAGUUGCUUUUAAUUUUCACAAUCAUAAGUAGAUUUCAGUUGGGAAAUAGC